AUGUUGUCUCGGGGAGGUCCUUUGGUGGUUAUGUUUCUAUUUCAGUUGUAUAACCGCCUUGUCCAGACUAAUAUACCUCAAUUGUUACCUUUGAUGGUUGCUGCUAUCUCUGUCCCAGGUCCUGAAAAGACUGUCUCUUUCUUAAUUUACCUUUUGAAGAUCUUUGCUGAUUAUAUCAGGCCACAUGAAGAAAGCAUUUGUAAAAGCAUUGUGAACCUGCUUAUUACUUGUUCAGACUAUGUUUCCAUUAGAAAGGUUGCUGAUGUGGUACUACAAGAAAAUCAAACAUUUGAUCUCUCCAUGGUUUUGCACUUGGUUACAAUGUUAUCUGAUAUGGAAUCAUAUGGACCAAAAGGUAGCUUCUGGUACCAAAGGUGGUUCAAGUGGGUCCCGGUCGUUGAUUGGCAAGGAGGAGCUAUUGCCUUAAAUGUUGGAAGCAAAUCUUCAAGAGCUUCAACAUUCUUCUUACCUUUAGAACGAGUACCUUGUGGGCCAGCUCAUAACAAGUUAGAGUCAGGUGAUGUAUCCAUUUGCAUGAACAACGAGGUAACUACUCAGUUUCUGAAAAAGGAAACUCUACUCGACAAUAGCGUUGACCAAAACAUUGACUUAGAACUCGAAAAAGGUAGAUUGAAAGUGAUGUGUACAGAAGGAGAUGCAACAACUGUUUGUGGGCCAUCUUGCAGAGUAAUUGAAGUUCCUCUUGUUGUUGACUACUUACAGCAUGUUGUCAACAUAGUUCCAUUGCAUUUGUUGGCUUAUCAUUUAACUGUUCUACGAGGCUAUAAUGUUGAUCAACCAACGAAUCUUGCAAAGAGUGUUACAGCCGAAUAG